AUCUUGAAAAUGUUGUCCAGACUGUUUCGAAUGCAUGGCCUGUUUGUAGCUUCUCACCCAUGGGAAGUUAUUGUGGGAACAGUGACUCUCACCAUCUGUAUGAUGUCCAUGAAGAUGUUCACUGGAAAUGAUAAGAUCUGUGGCUGGAAUUAUGAAUGCCCAAAACUUGAAGAAGAUGUUCUGAGCAGCGACGUCAUCAUCCUGACAAUCACCCGCUGCAUUGCAAUCCUUUACAUAUACUUCCAGUUUCAGAACCUUCGGCAGCUUGGGUCAAAAUACAUCUUGGGUAUUGCUGGCCUUUUCACAAUCUUCUCAAGUUUUGUUUUUAGUACAGUGGUAAUUCACUUCUUGGAUAAAGAACUGACAGGUUUAAAUGAAGCUUUACCAUUCUUCCUGCUUCUGAUCGAUCUUUCAAGAGCGAGUGCAUUAGCCAAAUUUGCACUUAGUUCCAACUCACAGGAUGAAGUAAGAGAAAAUAUUUCACGUGGAAUGGCAAUUUUAGGCCCUACUUUUACACUGGAUGCCCUUGUAGAGUGUCUCGUUAUCGGUGUUGGUACUAUGUCAGGGCCUAUUUUUAAAAUGUUGUUUUUGCAGCUUUCUCGAGAGAGUCGUGAAGGGCGUCCUAUAUGGCAGCUCAGUCAUUUUGCUCGUGUUCUGGAAGAAGAAGAAAAUAAACCAAACCCUGUAACACAGAGGGUCAAAAUGAUUAUGUCGCUAGGUUUGGUUCUUGUUCACGCCCACAGCCGCUGGAUAGCAGAACCAGCAGCUCAAAACAGCACUGUAGAAAACGUAGUGGGACUGGAUGAGAACGCCCCCAAGAGAAUUGAGCCGAAUGUUUCCCUGUGGCAGUUCUAUUUUUCUCGAAUGGCCAGUAUGGAUAUUGAACAAGUAAUCACUCUUGGAUUAGCCCUUCUUCUUGCUGUGAAAUACAUUUUCUUUGAGCAAACAGAGACUGAAUCCACACUAUCUCUGAAGAAUCCCAUAACAUCUCCAGUGAUGGUUCAGAAAAAGGUCCCUGAGAAUUGUUGCAGGAAACAUUCUGGACUUCCAAAAAACAAUCAGAAAUCUAAUACAGUAGAAGAAACUUUAAUUGCCAAAGAUGGAAAUGCUGAAGUCAUAAAACCUGUGUUAGCAGAGUCUUCAACCAGGGCUACAUUUGUAGUUGACAGUUGCAACCCUGUGGAAACUUCUGCAGUCCUUAAUAGAAAGGAAGAAGAAAUUGAGUUACCUAAAGAACCACGUUCUAUUGAGGAAUGUGUUCGUAUACUUGGAAAUGCAGAGAAGGGAGCAAAAUUCCUUACAGAUGCUGAGGUUAUCAGCUUAGUUAAUGCUAAGCACAUUCCUACAUACAAACUGGAAACUUUGAUGGAAACUCAGGAGCGUGGGGUGUCCAUCCGCAGACAGAUGCUAUCUAAGAAACUCCCUGAACCUUCGUCUUUGCAGUAUCUUCCUUAUAGGAAUUACAAUUACUCUUUGGUUAUGGGAGCUUGUUGUGAAAACGUGAUUGGCUAUAUGCCUAUUCCUGUAGGUGUAGCAGGGCCAUUGUUCUUGGAUAACAAAGAGUUUCAAGUUCCAAUGGCAACAACAGAAGGAUGUCUUGUGGCGAGCACAAAUAGAGGAUGUAGAGCCAUAUGUCUUGGUGGAGGAGCAAGUAUUUGUAUUCUAGCAGAUGGGAUGACCCGAGGGCCUGUUGUAAGGCUGCCCACCGCUUGCCAGGCCGCAGAAGUGAAGGCUUGGCUUGAAAGCUCUGAAGGUUUUAAAAUAAUAAAAGAAGCUUUUGACAGCACAAGUAGAUUUGCUCGCCUACAAAAACUUCUCAUCAGUUUGGCUGGUCGUAAUCUUUAUAUCCGCUUUCAGUCUAAAACAGGGGAUGCAAUGGGAAUGAAUAUGAUCUCAAAAGGUACUGAAAAAGCACUGGCGAGUUUGAAUGAAAAGUUUCCUGAUCUUCAGCUUAUAGCUAUUAGUGGGAACUACUGUACAGACAAAAAGCCCGCUGCCAUAAACUGGAUAGAGGGAAGAGGCAAGUCUGUUGUGUGUGAGGCAGUCAUUCCAGCCAAGGUGGUCAGAGAAGUAUUGAAGACUACUACAGAAGAUAUAGUUGAAGUCAAUAUAAACAAAAACCUGGUGGGUUCCGCAAUGGCUGGUAGCAUAGGUGGCUACAACGCACAUGCAGCAAACAUAGUUACAGCCAUCUACAUUGCCUGUGGUCAGGAUGCUGCACAGAACGUGGGCAGCUCUAACUGCAUCACUUUGAUGGAGCGCACUGGCUCCAGCAAUGAAGACCUGUACAUCAGCUGCACCAUGCCCUCCAUAGAGAUCGGCACUGUUGGGGGAGGCACCAACCUGCUCCCACAGCAGGCCUGCUUGCAGAUGCUAGGGGUUCAAGGUGCAAGCCAAGAUAAUCCUGGUGAGAACGCCUGUCAGCUUGCUAGGAUUGUGUGCGCUACAGUGAUGGCAGGGGAACUCUCAUUAAUGGCAGCUCUUGCAGCUGGGCAUCUAGUCAAAAGCCACAUGAUCCACAAUAGGUCAAAAAUGAAUCUGCAAGAUCUUCAAGGAAUCUGCUCUAAGAAAGCAGCUUGAAUACGAAACCAGCUUUAAAAUGAAGAAUUGAUUUAGCAACAGACAAAGUGCACAGGAAAAAUUUCAUGUAAUCUGUGAAGUUUAAAAUGAAAAUCACCUUCAACUCAAAUACUUCUGAGGAAGAUAAACUGAAAGAUCAAUGGACUUGCAAUCAGUGAAACUACUUAUGCCUUUGACCUUCUCCAACUGUUAGAGAUGACUUCAUGAUAGAGGUCAUCUCCCAUGGU